UCGGCUGGGGCACGUAUGACUUUGAGCCAAUGAAGACCUGUUGCUGUCUGGACUACACCAAGGGAGACUGGGGCUUCAUCUCCUACAUGCUAACGAUAGCUACCGUCUACCUCUUCAUCCCAUUGCUGAUCAUGCACGACUCAUACAACUCCAUCUAUGCAUACUUCAAGAAGACCCACAAGUUCAAGUUCAACACCUCCAUUCCAGAGCUGGCCUUGUUGAUUAUCUGGGGCCCGUACGCAGCAUUUUUAAUAUACGCCUGUUUUUAUGAUGUCUCAAUGGUUUCCCCAAAGUAUAGAACGAUGCUUCCUUUGUGGGCGAAGACUGGUCCGAUAAUCCACGCUAUACUUUACUCUUACACCAACAAGGCCUACAAAGGUGGAAUCUGGCAGUUGCUGACGGGAAAGAAGGCAAAGAAGACCAAAACGUCUUAAAAAAACAAAAAUGAGCAAGCCAUUCCACUGUUAGUGAUACAUUUUGUGUGAUUGGUCCCAAACUCUGGAACACUCUCCCACUUGCACUGUGUCAAUGCACUUCAUUCUCCGUCUCCAAACUUACCUUUUCACCAUGUCUUACCAAUCCUAGUGAUAACUGAUAUGUGAUUUUAUGGUUAUUAUUGUUGUUUUAUUGUUGUCUUGACUUAUUGACUUGCUGCUUUGCUACUUUGUUUUGAUUUUCCACAACUGGUUUGUUACUUUUAUUUUGACCAGUUGUCAUCGUUCUGUCUUAAACAUUCAAGGAAGGUUUGUUAUACAUGUCCCAUGAGAUUUCAUGAAUACUUUAAGUGCAGUUUAUGAGCACUGCAAUGAAUGUGUUAGGAAGCAAACCGUACCAUACAGUAUUACUGCAUUAGUAUAGAGUAUUAAGCAUUACUGUUUCUAUAAAUAUGGAAUCUGCAUAUUAUGUACAUAUUAUGGAUAUUCUUGUAGGGUGUUUGCUUCUGGCUUUUGCUCGUACUGUAGCUGUGUGACCAUUGCUUCAUAUUUUAUCUUGUAGUCACAGAACACAUGUAUGAUCUCUGAGAAGAACUGACUUGGGACAUGUCAUGUGAUAU